GAUCGCUCUCAGGGGCUGCAUCGGCGAACCAUGGAAACCAGGGGACCAGAACGGACACCUUCUGAUCAGGAGGAACGAGGCAGAAAUGCUUUCAUCAGCAGACUGCGCACUCACAAACUGAGAGAGCAUUUCACAUGGAAGCUUCUCAAGACAAUGGCCAUGGGUCAGGGCUUGUCUUUGCUGAUAUGUGGGACGGCUCUCAGCUCACAGUACCUGGCAGUAGAAUUCCACGUGGACACGCCCAUGCUUCAGAGCCUCAUGAAUUAUGCCUUGCUGUGUUUAAUUUACACCACAAUGCUGGCCUUGAGAAAAGGGGAUGGAAAUAUUUUGCAGAUUUUAAAGACAAAGUGGUGGAAAUAUUUGCUUUUGGGACUCACAGAUGUGGAGGCAAAUUACACAGUAGUGAAAGCAUACCAGUUCACAACCCUGACAAGCAUACAGCUGCUGGACUGCUUUGUGAUCCCAGUGUUAAUGGUUCUGUCCUGGUUCUUCCUGAAGACUCGUUUCCAUGUAGUGCACUACGUGGCUGUGUUCAUCUGCCUGCUGGGGGUUGGGGCCAUGGUUGGGGCUGAUUUAAUUGCUGGAAGAGAUCAAGGCUCGACCCUAAAUAUUUUGCUGGGGGAUGGUCUGGUGCUCAUCAGUGCCACCUUAUAUGCCAUAUCCAACGUGUGCCAGGAGUACACGGUGAAAAACUGCAGCCGCGUGGAGUUCCUUGGAAUGGUGGGGCUCUUUGGGACCCUGAUCAGCAGCAUUCAGUUUGCUAUACUAGAACACAGACAUGUUGAAAAGAUUGAGUGGAACUGGAAUAUUGGCCUGCUUUUUGCUGCAUACGCCUUCUCCAUGUUUGCAUUGUAUAGCUUCAUGCCAGUGGUUGUGAAGCUGUCCAGCGCCACAGCGGUCAACCUUUCCUUGCUGACUGCUGACCUCUUCAGUCUUUUUUGUGGACUCUUCCUCUUUCACUACACUUUCUCAGCUCUGUACAUUGUGUCUUUCAUGGUGAUUACCGUGGGCUUUGUAAUGUUCAACACUGUGCCCACCGUCACUCUGGCUCCAACACCCAAUCAGUGCAACAUCGAAGGGAUCACCAACCCUGCCUCAAGCACAGAGGAUGACCUACAGGAAAUGGGGGUGGAACUAUCCUUAGGGGAAGAAGAGAGGAAGUCUGAAGAGCAGAAAGAGGAAGAAACAAAGUAUGGAGGUCUCAGUGUGCCUUGGACAAGCCAAGAGCAAAACAGACCAGAAUGGACAGCUGAACACAGCACAAAGAUGUAGACUUAAUCAAUGACACACAAUUUCUUUAUCCAAUAAUGUUCUGUUAUUCAUUUGGAUGAAUCUGAGGUGCCUUGUUAGGUCUGUUAUUUUCCUUUUGCUAGUAUUUUAAUAUAGUCUACUUUCUAUGACAUAAAAGGGAUUUCUAGAACUAGAAAUACAUAAUUUUGUAGGAUAUUGAAUGACUUCUUCGUAUGCACACACUGUAUAACGGUUAUCAAAUGUAUUGUACCACAAACUGGCAUCUGCUCACGAUGAUGUGAAACUUAAAGGAAGUUUGCUACCUCAUUCAGGUAAGUGUUAAAUAAUUAACUGAAGGGAGCUAAAAUCACCAGAAUUGGUGGGCACGCUUGGGCACUUGGUGUGCACGUUCAUGUGCUUAGCAUAAGUGCGCAAUUGUGUCACAUUUCUCAAAUAAUCAUAAGUGCAGUGCACUUGAUGUGCAUUUUAUCUAGACUUAUGCUAAGGCCACUCCAGAGUGGUAUUUGGCCAAGUACACAGACCCACAAUGCACCACGUUUGUGACUGUUGAUGCCAGUCACGAGGUUACCAGCUUGUGUAUUUACUGGAGGAAAAUGCUACCAAAGAAAUAUCAAUGUAAAAAAGAUAUUUGCAAAGAUGCAAAAGUUGUAACUGUAUGUUAUUCAUAUUUAGCAUCAGGAUGGCAUUGUUAAUGUGAAUAUAUUGUAAAGUUAGCAAUCUCCAUUAAUUUGUCCGUAAUCAGAUAGCCUAGGCCAACAUUUCAUGCGUAAUACUGCAUGAAUCAUUUGCAAUAUCUUUAAUGGUUAGCCUACAUUUAUAUCAGUAGGCUAUUCCUAGGCCAGCAUUUCUAAGCAUGAGUAAUACCGCAUGAAUCAUUUGUGAUAUGUUUAAUGGUUAGCCUACAUUUAUAUCAGCUAUUAAGUGACUGCCAAAGGUCUUGCCUCAGCAUCAAAAGAAAAUUGUUUGUGACCCCAGUCACCUAGUGAUGACAGAUCAAUAGCCUAUUACAGUGAUCUUCAUUUCUGGUCCUGGAGGGUCGCAUGGUAUGUUGGAUUUUGUUGUUACUCUGCACUUAAUUUAUCAAUUAAAGCAGUCGAUUACACAGUUAACUCCCCUCACCUAGUUUCUCA